UCAUUUUCCAGAUCAAUUUUGGAGAGAGCCAAACCUCAUCAAAUUAUACAAAACUAGCUAUAAUUGGAAAGAGGUAUUCACAAGGCCUGGAUUUUAAUGUGUAGCCAAGCACCGGUGGCGAUCGACGGCAGUGGAAUGAAUUUGUUGGCUAACAAUUGGCUGCAACGCUUCGGCAGCGGCGGCGAUUUCUCGUCCCGGAGUGCCGGAAGUGAGCUCGACUUGGCGGUUAUGGUCAGCGAUUUUUUCGAGAUCGGAAGCGCCGGAGCUGAGUCGUGGUGCAGCAGCGACAGCGAUUCCGGCUUAUCCGACUUGGCUUAUCUGACCGACCGGAUUUCGUUCUAUAAUCGAUCAGUUGACCAGUAUGAAAGGGAUUUGAUGUUGGUGAUCAAAUCCUCAAUUCUCUCAGAAACCUGGCAAGUUGAGAAGCUAGAUCCAUGCAAAGCUAGCUGCAUUCUUUACUCUCUGGUGAAACUUUUACAAUCUUCUGGUUAUGAUGCAGCAUUAUGUGCAACCAAAUGGCAAGGUGAUGGCAAAGUUCCUGGAGGUGAACAUGAAUUCGUAGAUGUGAUAGCUCAAGAUAACAAUGGAGGAACUGAAAGAUACAUCAUUGAUAUAGACUUCCGAAGCCACUUCCAGAUAGCAAGAGCAGUAAAAUCAUAUAAUGCAGUUCUGAGUUCUCUUCCAGCCAUCUACGUAGGCACUGUGCCAAACCUCAAACAGCUUCUUCAAAUCAUGGUUGAAGCAGCCAGGUACUCUCUCGAGCAGAACUCAAUGCCUCUUCCUCCAUGGAGAGCCUUGCCUUACUUGGAGACAAAAUGGGAAUCGCCUUGUGAAAGAAUAGUCAAUUCUCCUCCUCGUUCCCACACAGCCCCAUCGUCUUUGUCUCAUCUCCACUGCAUUGCUCUACUGCAGCGGCUCAAGUCCUUUGUUCGGUCUGAUAUUACGAGAGGAAUGGAGUAUGAAUAACUGGGAUAUUGGAUAGUUCUUUUAUUCUUUAUUCUUUAUUCUUUUCCGCCUAUAAAUUUUGGAUGAGGUUUAUAUUCAUUUGCAGAAGCCUUCUUAAAGCUGAAGAUUUUUCUGCCGAAGCGUAUGGAAUUGGACUCAGUAGAGAUUGAUGUAUUAAUCUCAAUUUUGGCAAAAAAUAUAUCGCUCGCAGUUGGUAGUUUGUAACAUUUGACAUAUGAUUCGAACCAUUUUAAUUGUUUGUCUCCAUCUUGUGUAGUAUUUGUUUUUCUAUACUAA